UCACAAAAUUUUUAUAAACUAUUUCUUUGAAAAUCUUUAUACAAACGUCAAUUGUCAAGUGUCAUUUUCACAAAAUCUGUUUUGUAUGAAAACAUAAUCAAAAAUUUGCAAAUACCUAAUGGGUAUGUGGUUCAGUGACAAUAUUUUGAAAACGAAACUAUUUAGUUUUAUAUAAAUUCCAGAAUCGCAUUAAAUACAUUUUAAAUACGUCUACAACAUGAGACGGCGGGCAGGAGUUGGUGCUAUUCAAAAACAGAGACUUGAGCAGGAGAAGUAUAGAGAAAAAGGUUCCGAAAUCCAGGAGAACCAAUUCCAGCAGAUGUCUAAGCAAUUAGAUGUAUUCAGAGAAAACUUGGAAGAAUUCGCCUCUAAACACAAAAACGAAAUAAAAAAGAACGCUCAGUUCAGGCGUCAAUUUCAGGAAAUGUGUGCUGCAAUCGGUGUUGACCCAUUGGCUUCUGGGAAAGGAUUCUGGUCAGUUUUAGGCAUUGGUGAUUUUUACUAUGAGCUUGGUGUACAAAUAGUUGAGGUAUGUCUCGCUACGAAUUACAAAAAUGGUGGUCUUAUAACAUUGGAUGAAUUAAGAAGUAGAUUGAUAGCCGCUAGAGGCAGAGCGAAGAAACAUCAGGAUAUUACUAAUGAAGAUCUUCUUGCAGCUGUUAAAAAGCUGAAGAUUUUUGGCAAUGGUUUCACAGUUGUAUCGAUAGGUAAAGGGAAAUGGUUGGUACAGUCAAUACCGGGUGAACUGAAUUUGGAUCAAACAUUGGUGCUUCAAAAGGCUAGUGGUCUCGGUAAAGCUUGGAUUUCCAAAUCUGUACUCAUCAAUGAUCUGGGUUGGAAUGAAACGAGAGCUCAGAAUGCUUUGAAUCAUAUGGUUAAGGAAGGUCUGGCUUGGGUGGACAGCCAGGACGACAAUGAAAUUUUGUAUUGGUUUCCGAGUAUGUUCAAUGAGUGUGUUACGGCAUCCUAAUCAUACAGAAUUUUUAAUCUAUUGAGAUCCGAUCUUUGAUAUACACCGGAGAUAUGAAAUUGUUAUUUAUUUAUGACAGUAUAUAAAUAAAGAUUUCUGUUAAUAAUGUAAA